UGCGUUACCCCAACACUGCUCACAAGUAAUGCAGAAGCAAAGCCAGCGCAUGAAAAGCAUGGCAAUCACAUGCACCUUAGAGGACUGGAAAUGCAAAUGAAACAUUUAAAGGGCUCUGCAAAGUCUGAAGUGGAGGAAAACUCAUUGAUUGAGUUCCACGGUGAAGGAUUCCCACUGGACAGACGCACCAAAUCAAAGAAGGUUCAAAAGCAACAAAAGAUCUAUGGCACUCCUGAUGUGGACGUGGCAGUCAGUGAUACCUGUUGCUCCGGCUGCGGGGCCCUCAUGCACUGUACGGACCCUGAAAUCCCAGGUUACCUGCCAAGUGAGAAAUUCAGAGUGUUAGUUGAAGAGGACCAACUGAAGAAGGCCAUAUGUCAGAGAUGCUUUUUAAUCAAUCACCACCAGAAAGCUUUGAACGUCACCAUGUCCAAAGAGGAGUACAGAGCGAUUGUCAAGGGAAUUAAAUCAGAGAAGGCUUUGGUGCUGCUGAUAGUUGACCUUCUGGAUCUCCCUGACUCCGUCAUCCCAGACCUUCCAGAGCUUGUUGGGAAGAAUAAGCUCAUUGUGAUUUUAGGAAAUAAAACAGACUUGCUACCUGGAGAUGCUGAGAAUUACCUGCAGCGUAUCAAACGUCAGCUGAAGGCAUACUGUGAAAGCAUGGGCAUUUCUGCCAUUGAUAACAAAGACAUCCACCUCAUCAGUGCCAAAACAGGAUAUGGUAUAGAAAACCUUAUAACGAGACUGCAGUUGACCUGGAAGUACAAGGGAGAUGUGUAUGUGGUCGGGAUGGCCAAUGCUGGCAAAUCCACGCUGUUUAAUACUCUACUGGAAUCUGAUUAUUGCAAAUCCAGAGCCUCAGAUGUGAUUCAUAAAGCUACUAUAUCUCCAUGGCCUGGAACAACAUUAAAUCUGCUGAAGUUUCCCACCAUCAACCCGACCCCCUACCGGAUGUUCCGGAGGGCAGAGAGAUUGAAGCAGGCAUCUCAUUUGACAGAGGAUGACAUGAAUCCUGAAGAGCUGAAGAGAAUCAUACAGUUCAGCAAGCAGGGAUACUUGGUUGGUCACAUUGGGAGGACAUUCCUAGCAAAUCAGCCACCCAAGAAAACUCUUGUGGAAUUUGAUCCUGACAGUCUGAGUUUUGGAGAAGACCUGGAGGAAGACGUUAAAAAGGAUCCAUCAUUGGACUCCUCCACAGAUGCAGAGCUCAGCUACAAUGAAAUCAAAGAUGCACACUGGUUCUAUGACACCCCAGGCAUCAUGAAAGAACAUGUCUCCAUAUUCAAACUGUACAUACAUAAUGUGAUAUAA